AUGGAUGAAAAGCAACACCAAAAGAGUUCAAAGUCACCUGAAAGGAAACUAAAGACAGUUGAAUUCAAGAAAAAGAAACGUGUUAGGUUUCUGUUACCCCAUAAAGCUGACAAGGAAAAGAAGCACUCUUCCUUACAAGAUACAGAUGAGUCAAAGUUCAGAUGUGAAUGUCACCACUGCCAGAUGUGUGGGGGGAACACAUCUGGGGUCUCCGUGGGACCUAGGACUGAAGCAGUCUCUCCAUCAUCCUCCUGGGAAAUGCUAACACUAGACCUCAGUAACUUGACACUCAACGCUCAUACCACCCAGCCCCAUCUUGUACAAGACACCAUAUCAAAAGGAGAGAACAAAAUGCAGUGGGCAAGGAAAAACAAGAGGAUGUUUCAAAAGGUUCUCUAUGAAUGGACAGAAUAACUAUGACACUGUCAUCGUCAUGAGAAGGAAGAUCCAAACCUACAGGAUCAUGAGUAUUAACAUCUUUUGGGUAGCAAGAUCAGGAGGAGUAAUGUCCAACCUGUUGAUAAUAGUACAGCUAGAUCAUGAUUCUAAUCUAUUCCAAAUAUAUAGCCGUCUUUUCCUUGGUAGUUUAGGCAUUUUCCCUUAGGCUUUCUGGGAAGAGAUGGUCCUCAGCAAGGACGACCAGAUUGCUGUUUUUCUAUACUCCCCAUGUCAGUGUUCCCAUGGGAUUUGCUACCAAUUUUCCCUCCGUGGGUUUGAUGGUUUUCCUCCUUUACAUUGUU